CCGACUGACUACCCUUCAACCAAAGAAGCAAGGCCGCUGAAGGGUCGGGAUCCUCAAUGAAUAAAUCCAGGGGUCUCGUUUCCAUUAAUUAAUUGGUCGAACAUGUUUUACAGUGGGCACAGAAUGUUCGUAAAUAUGGCGGCGCACAGAGAAGAAGUUGCUCACAGCAAUGUCAACGGCGAAUGUUCCUCACUGUCUGGCGAAAAUGAAGAAAAUACACUUUUAUUAGUCAAAGGUGGAAUCUUUCUUGGAACAGUAGCUGCAGCUGGAAUGGUGGCUGGGUUUGGUACCACACUCUCUGUGGCCAAGAAGAAAAGUCCUGAUUGGUUUAAUAAGGGAGUUACAGCUACAGCCGCAGUGCCAGAGAGCGGGGCUUCGCUGGCUCUGAGAGCCCUGGGACGGGGCUCCCUCUAUGCCUGGUGUGGAGUUGGGCUGAUCAGCUAUGCUGUCUGGAAGGCUAUGGGAGUUCACAGUUUGAAAGAGUUCCGGGAAAGGAUGCAGUCUUUCUUCCCACCUAUUCCGAGAAACAAAGAACCUCCCGCAAGUGCUGAGCCGUUCAGCUGGGAGAAUCUCUUCAAAUCAAAGUGAUGGAUUUUAACAGCCCCUGACCGUGGGCAUCAAUGGAGUUUCUUGUGGGGUUAAUGGAACAGCACACCUGAAGAGUCGAGAGCCCUGGAUGGUGAACAGCUUUCAAAAAGCUCUUCUUUUUCAUUGAACCUUGUCAAAUGUGUCAUUUUAAAAACGUGUGCAAAUACAGUACUGCUCUCUUGGAAAUUAGGCUUCGGCUUUUCUGUCUGCAGACCUUGAACACAAAUGUUUUUUUUUCUUUUUUAGGUACUUUAUAUCGUAUUUUGGAAAUGCCUACAAAUGUACAUGCCGAAUUUGUAACUGAUUUGACAUACGUAGGUAUGGACUAUCAUGUACAAAUUUGUUUGUAUCACACAUUGUUAUUUUGAGCUUAAACUGUUUUCAAAACAGUCAUGCUGUAUUCUGUAUAUAUGUGCUUGUGUUAUUUUGAGUCCAGUUCCAACGUUGAUCUAAAUGUAUAUAUAAAAAAACUCCUGUUGCGUUGUA